AUGGGUAAGCGCAAACCAUACCCUUCAGGUCGACCCCCAAAGAACAGUGUAGCUGCAAGAGGAGAAGAAGAACAAGGAACAAUAUUCUUCUACAUGCCUAAGGAAAAGCCGUACGGUGUUUUUUGUCAAUGGCAUACCAGCCCGUUCAGCAUACCCAUCACCUCACUGCAGUGGCUCGUUGACAUGGCGCCUCCACCACCAACACCUCGAACUGCGUCUUCGUCGAUUCCAAAUCUCAUAACCUCUAUACGAACAACGUCUACAGAAUCCUCGACUAUCCUCUUUGCUCACACCGUAUCAAAUUCAACUAUAUCAUUUACUUGCGCCGAGCAAUCCUACAUGUUCUGCAAAGCCGUCUAUUUCUCGGACGCGAACACUGCCCGUCUUAUCCUCUUGACUUCAGACCCUAAAGAACAAAAGAAGCAUGGUCAGAAGGUCAAGAACUUUGAUUUGAAUGAAUGGGGAAGAGUGAAAAGUAGGGUUGCUAGAGUUGGGAAUUGGUACAAGUACACGGAUACUAAGAAUAAACAUAUGAGGAGUGUCUUGUUAGGAACACAGGGGAGGGAAAUAGCAGAAGCGGCUCGGAGAGAUCGUAUCUGGGGGAUCGGGUACAGAUCAGAUGAAGCAGAAACGUAUAGAGAUUCUUGGGGGGAGAAUCUGUUAGGGAGGUGUUUGAUGAAUGUAAGAGAUAGGAUUGUGGAAAUCGACAAAAAGAUGGCAGAAAGGGACCCCGGAGGGAAUGAAGACUGGGAGUGGGACGGACUGUUAGGCGAUGGAGAGGCUUUCGAAUGGCCUGCUGGUGCUGCAGUCGCAGAAAGAUGA